AUGUAUAAUGAUGUCAAGAAAUCUAUUGUUGAUAUUAAGAGGAUUAUCAUUCUCUCCAAAAACUUUGUUGCUCUCGAAAUGAAAUAUUACAAAUUUGGAGAUUUGAGAAAUUUGGUUUCUCCAAAAUUGGCACUUCCACUUUCUACUCAUAUUUCCAGAAAGAUUCUUAAAGAUGUUUCGAAAGGAUUGCUAAAAUUGAAGGAGAAUAACAUUGUCCAUUGUGAUGUCAAGUUGGAAAAUAUUUUCAUUGAGAAACUCGAUCAACAAGAGGCAAGAAUUAGAGUUAUUUUAGGAGAUUUUGGUGUUUCUACAUUCGGAACUGAUGAUGAAACUCAUCUUAAAGGUACAAUGAAAUAUUUAUCUCCUGAAGCUCAAUAUGAACAUGAUUAUUCAUCCAAGUCUGACGUUUAUGCCCUUGGUGUUGUAAUGAAAUGUUUAACUCAAAACGAUCCACAUGUCAAUAGAGAAUUUCUUGACAAGAUGACACAUCCAAUUAAGGGUGAACGUUAUGAUAUUGAGGAUGUUAGAAAAAAUCUUGAUGAUAUCAUCCUAAUCAAGAGACAUCCAAUAGAUGUUCUUUCAACAAUCAAUGAUGAAUGUGAAAUCAUAGGCACAUCAAUUGUCUUGAAUGGUUUCAGAUAUUCUGCCACUGAAUACUUGGAAAUCACCAAUUUACAAACUGGAGAAACUUCUAUGCGUUACUUCAAUGAGUAUAUCAAAUUAGCCAAUUGGUGUCGCAGUAGAGAUAGUGAUAUGUUCAAUGCAAGUGAUUACUGUGGUGCCUUGUUCAUCUUUCAAAACAGUAAGAAUGUAAUAAUCCUAUUCCAAUCCGCCUAUGACAAGGGUUUUGCUGUUUUUAAUUUGAAUUUUGCAUUGACUCAAAUUAUUGUCUACCCGACAUACUUUCCAAAUACUAUACUCGAUAUGAAAGUGCAGGAAGAAACCGUUUCAAUUAAGACAAAGGAGGAAGAUGGUGAUGAAGAGUGGGUUGAAUAUCCACAUCCGUGGUGGAAUUCUGAAAUGAGAGAAACUAUUUUCAGUAAUGAGGAUGACAAUUACAACGAGAACAGUGAUUACACAUAUAGGCAUCAAGUUGAAAAAUUAGAAACCUAUCUCACAACAAGUCAUGAUGAACCUCCAAAAUCCUUUGCAGAUGAGCUCAAACUAUUCUCAAAUUUUCCUUACAAAAUUGAAAAACUUGAAAAGGAAACAUCAUAUGGAGUCAAUAUCUAUUCAUUCCCAUUAGAAAACUGUUUUGCAGGAGUGUGCAUCCUUUCAAAGAGAUACAAAAUAUUUGAAUACGUUGUGAACAAUGUGAAUGUUGAUCAUUUUAGUGAUCCUGCUUUCCAUCAAGCUCUAGAAAGAAAGAAAGCUGUUGUUGCUUGGGAAUUCCUGUCUGAUUACAUUGUUAUGAUUUCAAAUGUCCAAAAGAUGACUCAAAUAGCCGAAACCAAUGAAACUUUGAUUUUUUGA